GGAGAAGGUGGAAAGCCGUCACUCUCCCGUGACAGCCGCCCGGGUAGCGCCGAGGAAGCAGCAGCAGCGGCGGCGGCGCUCUCUUUCUCGACGGACCGGUCUCCUCAUGGGACGCCCGCCUCGCGCCCGGGAGACUCGCGCCUCAUAGCUGGACACGCCGACGACGCCUCUGCGGGUCCGGGAUAUCGGGGAGCCGCUCGGCGCGCGCAGCUGCCCAGCCUGAAGGUUCCUUUCGUUAAUUGAUUGCACUGAAGAUAGAACUAACCAUGGGGAGGAAGCUAGACUUGUCUGGCUUGACUGAUGAUGAAGCGGAGCAUGUCUUGCAGGUGGUCCAGCGAGAUUUCACCCUCCGCAAGAAAGAAGAAGAUAGACUGAGUGAAAUGAAGCAGAAGCUCGAUGAAGAGGGUAACAAGUGCAGCAUUCUCUCCAAGCAGCAGAGGUUUAACGAGCGCUGCUGCAUGCGUUGCUGCUCCCCUUUUACGUUUCUCAUCAAUACCAAGCGGCAGUGCCAGGAUUGCAAAUACAACAUCUGCAAGAACUGCAGCUCCUAUCAAAGGAAGGAGAAAGGUUGGCUCUGCAGUGUUUGCCAGCAAGCUAGACUUUUACGAGCUCAGUCGCUGGAAUGGUACUACAAUAAUGUGAAAAGCCGCUUCAAGCGUUUUGGAAGUGCUAAAGUCCUGAAGAAUUUAUACAGAAAACAUCGGCUGGAGACCGGAGCUUGUUCUGAUAUACUAGAAGCAGGAAGCUUCUGUGAGGGAACGAUAGAAAAUGAAGGAAGCAUUUGUGGCAGUGACUCUACUUUCUACAGACAGACAGAAGGACACAGCAUGAUGGACACCCUUGCUGUGGCCUUGCGUGUUGCAGAAGAAGCAAUAGAAGAAGCUAUUUCUAAGGCAGAGAUGUACGGAGACAGCUUGGACAAACAGAACGAAGCUUGUUACUUACGGGACCAUAAGGAGGAGCUGAUAGAAGAGCUUGCUACCACCAUUGUCCAGAAGAUCAUAAGGAAGCAGAAAACCAAACGUGAGCAGGUGGAAGCUGGUUUCGAAUGGCCGCAGUCCAGGAGCAGCAGUGGCCUCACAUCUGCUACUGUCUCAGAUCAGAGCAUGCUGACUUUCCCGGGGAGUCGCAGGGGAUCGUACACAUUAUGGCGGUCUCAGUCUGCGUUCUCUCUGACCAACGAAGACGCAUCACGCAGAGACAGAGACCGUGCAUCUUCUGUGCCCGAAUCUCUCUGGAGACAACCCAAAGGCCCGAGCGGAAAGCAGAAAGAGGACAGGCUUUCUGCAUUGCCCAGCUGGAAGAGCGCAGACCAACUAAACGAACCAACUUUCCCCCCUGUCUUGGAAAGCACAGAUGGAAACUGGGUGGCCCUGCAAAACGUCAACUUGCCUCGCCCACGAAUGCUUGCCAAACCAAAGAGCCAAGUGUUCAAAGCCUUGGAGAGUGAAUCCAGCGUUGUAUCUGCUUAUGAUGAGAUGGGCUCCGAUAGCGAAGACGACUAUGACUGGAACGUGGCUUUGAACAAGCUGCGACAGAGACCCAAGCAGCUGUCAAAUUACGCUGGCUCUCAGUGCAAUGCUGAAUGGGAGUGUGGCAAUGAACUGUACCAGCCUGUGGCCUCCCCAUCAUCUGGGCUGUUUACCAACGCGGAGGCAGUGUACUCUGAUUCUGAAACAUCCUCAGUCAGUUCUUCAAGGGAGGCUAGGGAGCCUAGCUGUCUUCCUUGGAUGCAGAGGAGAACUUGUAACAGUAAACCCAGAGAGGAAAAAGCACAAUUCCAGGAGGAACUAGAUGUGAACUUUAACCCACAAGCUACCAGUUUAGACUAUUCAGAUAGCAGUGAAAGCGAAGAAGCCUAUCAUGACUUGGAAAAGAGAUCCAGGAGGUGGAAAAAAGGCAAGACUCAAUCAGAGGAUUUAUGCAAAGGCAAAAACCGCACAAAAUCGCACAUGAAGAAAUUGAGCACAAGUCAGGCAUCUGAUGAUUUAUCAGAAACUGACAUAAGCAGUGAAGACCAUCAAACCAAGGCAGACCCUAUGGAAGAAAAGCUGAAGUCAAGGUUAUAUGAACUGGCUGCAAAAAUGAGUGACAAUAGGGAAACCUCUUCAGAGGAACAGGUGUCAGAGCCAAGAACAGAAUCUGAGAACCAGAAAUCGUGCUUAUCUUCAGAAGACAGUGGCAAAUGCAUUCAGGAGGAGCUAAAGAAGGAAAAACAAAAGGCUUUUGAUCUCCAUCUUAAACUCCAGUUUUUAACCUCAGCACUUCAGCAGAAAUAUUCUGCAGUGUCUCUCUGCAACAUAUCUACUGAGGUCCUAAAAGUCAUCAAUGCAACAGAGGAGCUCAUAGCAGAAUCUACAGGUCCUUGUGAUUUUGCAGCAGAUGUGUCUGACAAAGGCAAAGGAGAGUUCCCCCUGGGUGCAGACCCUAUCAGACUUGAUGAGCAGCUCACCACACUGGAAGAAAAUGUCUACCUAACAGCCGGCAGUGUGUAUGGCUUGGAGAGUCAGCUCAAUGACCUUGAAGAUGCAGCACGCAGAAUUAACAGCAUUAGUUCAGAAUCAGAGUUGGCUGACCUGGAAGACCAAGUGGCAACAGCAGCAGCACAGGUUCAUCAUGCAGAACUUCAGAUUUCAGAUAUAGAGAGCAGAAUUUCAGCGCUAACAGUGGCAGGCUUGAAUGUAGCUCCUUGUGUUCAUCUGACAAGGAAACGUGACCAACAGCAAACAAACCAGAUGCACACGAUAGACACAUCAAGACAGCAGAGACGAAAGCUUCCAGCUCCACCAGUGACAGGUGAGGACAUGGACGCAUCUCCGGUUACACCUGUUAGAACAUUCAACAGGAAUUUCAUACUCCAAGGAUCUCUUACGCAGAGAACCAAAAAGGAGAGGAAAAGCACUGCCAAGGAUAAGAAGGAACCAACAAUAGGGUCUGCUGUAAUGUACUAGAAUUCUAUAAUUCUACUGCCAUUAACACACUGCCUGAGGCUACACACUCGAGUGCCUUUAUAUAACAGCCAUUGUAUACAUCCAAUAAAAAAAUGGACCCUCAAGAACCCACAAUGCCUCCGUAAUAGGGCUUUGCUUGGAUACCUCACUGAGAAAGCUGUUCAAGUCUUCAGCAUUGUGGUCUGCUGUUGGAAGCUCUGCCUUAAAGUUCUCAUGAGACUCCAAAAAGGACGUCGAGUUUCAUAUAAGCAAGGCUCCAUGUUUUAAGAUGCACUCCCCCCCCUCCCCACAUUGUCAACUGUUCUAAAAUUCGUUGUCUUUAAAAUAUAGUAUGUUUUGUAUUCCUAAUUCACCCGUUAACGUCAGCCAAUAUCCCACGUGUGGAGCAAGGAAAAACUCAAGCCAUCCACCCCGUCAUCCAGAUUUGCUGGGACCUUACUGUUCACACAGUCAUAGUCAUGUAUGUAUUGUUGAGCAAUAAGAGGAACUCCAAAAGUAACUGGGUAAAUCAUAAAGCAAAUGCUGGAAAGGGAUGGCCACUGGGGAACUUAAAUGGGAGGGAAAGCAUUUUUCCGUUUGUGAUCUGUGCUUGCCUUCCAUGAGUGUUGUAAGCGGAAGAUAUGGGUGCUUCCAGAUACGAGCUUUAUAAAUCUAAAAGGUAGCUCAGAUUCGGUUUUUUUAUGUGCACACUAUUGUCAAAUUAGCUUCCGUUUCCCCCCAGUUAUGGACAUCUGUUGCUAUUCAAUUAUUAGCCAUGCACAGAGCUUGAAAUAAUGUAUCUGUGCUGAGCCUUUUAUGUCCCUGCCAUCAAACCCCCUCCCCCACUACAGUUCCAUUCUGAGCAUAUGUGCAGGUACUUUUGUGCAUUCAUUUAAAAAAAAAAUCACCAGAAGUGCUAUUACCAGCCUUUAUUUAUCUUAAUUCAUAACAGGAAACAAAGGUUUGUACUUUCUUUUUCGGGGUGGGUGGGCUUGGGGGGCAGGAAUCAAUUUCCAUUCAUUUGUUUUUUCCGUAAUGACAAUAAUAAUAAUAAUACUGAGGUCUUUUGCAAGAGUGAUACUUAGCUAAAUCAAUCCACGGUUUGAUUUGGAUGCAGCAGUAUCCAAAACAAUUAAUACUGUAAUGCCUUGCAGACCCCUGUAACCAUCAGCGGCAUAAACAAACAGUCCCCCAUCCAAAAGAACAGCAGCACAUCAGCAACGAAGAACUGAAAUGCUCAUCAAAAGACCUCUGUAUUAAAAUUGUGUGUUGAGUCAGUAAUUCCCUGCAUGUACUGUUUGAGGAUCUUGAGAGAGCAGCUCCUCCAAACUGGGCUGUUGAAAUUCGGGCAUGCAUGUGGCAAUCUGCAGAAACAGGCACACUCGUGUUGUUUGGGCCAUGACCACCAGAAACGAAAUGGCUAGGUUGUGCUCAUGUGAGGAGCACACUCAGAGGUAGGAGUGUGGUGGUAGAAGCUGUUUACCAAUAUACCUACUCAUACCUAACAAACCACUGGGCUAAAGAACUUUCACACCAGCAAUGGCUGUGCAUGUUCAAUGAGGUAUUUUACCUUCCAUGUUAAGGAAAUUGGGGUGUGUGUGUAGAAAAGGGUAUGGAUUGGCAUUUUGAUGACAACCGUGCCAAGCAGAUGCUGGGCAAACCUUGUGUUCAUGAGCAGUCCUGAUUCCACAAUAAAUUCCUAUCUCGAAGCACCCAAUAUUUGCUUGUUAAAUUAACUCCCCCCUGGAUGAAUUAUAAAUCUCUCCCAUUCUCAACAAAAGGCACGUGCAGCUGAAAUCAGUCCUAGUCUUUCCACUGCUAGAACUGGUCUCCGAGUCUGUAACUUCAGAGCCUUUCCUAGAAUAUAAGAUUCAGAUUAAUGCACAUUCGCUUCACCUUCAGUUACAAAAGCCAUAAAGUGUAGGUGAUCACCCUAAUAUGGGACAAUAUAUAUAGGUACUUUUAGAAGUGUGUGUUUGCAGUUUAAUGAUCAGAUUUUGAUAGUCCCUCGAUUGAGAGUCUAUUAUUGAUUCCUUUGUUCCCACCAAAGUGUGCGGAAGGGGCUUUUGAAAUCACUGGUCCUUUUCAGAAAGUCAUAAUUUCGAUGGAUGGUUAUGUUUCAGGGCUCUCAACCCCCACAAUCUGGACAAGUGAGGUCCAUCAAUCAGUCUGUACUGCUUACUAUGUGCUCAUAAUGGCUGACUUGGCUGGCAAAGACUGGUGCUGGGCCAGAAUCAUUUAGUGGCUUUAGCAGUUGAUUUGGUUGAGUAUGUGAGCUAAAAUCCAGGCAGCAACACUGGGCACAUUAGAAUGCGUCUGAACAGCAAAUAUGUUUGUUGCUGCAAGCCCUACUGUGGUCAGGACACUGUGUACAAGAUUGCAGCCUCGUGCUCUUUUUCUGAUAAUCUUCGUACAACUAGCAACCCAGGUUCUAUGCGACAAAUGCUAACACAUUAGAACCCCCACUUCACUCAUAAGCAUGCAUUAAAAGGCUAGACUUAAUGCCUUUACCACUCUUUAAUUGUAAGAAUAGAAGAUUGGUUAAAACAGAUUCUGGCUGCAAUCCCAGGGAGUAAAUCCUACUGAGCUUAAUGUCACUUACUGCUGAGUAAACAGGCUUAGGAUUCCACUACACAAGUGCGUACCUGCAACAAUGUUAGUUUCAUUACUUUCGUUUGGGUUUGUGUAUUCCUAGGCCCUUAUCUAAAAUCCCUAUCCACAUUCACUCCCUUUUUUAAAAUGCUGCAGACAAAAUGAUGCUAUUAUAUACAUGCAUGAAAUUCUUACUAAGUUUUUUAAAACUUGACUAUUCAGAUGGCAGGGUUUUUUUCUGCAGUAUAUAAAAAACAUCCAUAUAGUAUAUGAUCAAAUAAACAAAGCUACUUAACUAAAGUAGGGGUCUAAUACAAUUGUGUCAGUUUCCAUUCACACCACUCUUUCUGUACUUGUCCAAGAUACAUUCCUAGAUUCUUGUUUCUGCAGGUCUGUGUGUGUUAACGAAAUGUCAAUAAUGAUGGCUGGUCUACAUAUUUGUCCAAUGAUAUUAUUAGCUACUAUUGUGUAUGUAAUAUUCGAUCCAACAUGACUAAUUUUAAUAGAUAACUCUUUGACUUUUGUUCUGUUGGUGUGAUAUAAAACAAAACUGAGUUUGGAAUAGAAUGUUUUCCAUAAGAGGCAUGAGAAGCAACUACUGUGUUCAAAUGUUAAACUAUUCAGUCAUCUUUGACAAAAAUGUGUACUUGUAGACAUUGCAAAAAAAAAAAGUCAAAACCCUGCCUGCUGUAUGGCAUUUCAAUUUUUACAAAGGUUUACCUGUGCCAAAUGUGCAAAGAUUUAAUUUACCGUUUUAAAGAAAACCAUAAAAUGUAUAUGUUAUAGCACACAAAUAAUUAUUUUGUCAUCCAGUGAGUUCAAUCCUUAGUGUCAAUAUUUAUAUUUAGAUUUUUUUAUAUAUAUAAAUGAAGAAUAUUUUAAUGGUUAAGAUAAUAUGAUUCAGUCUGAGUGGAACUUAAUGCUUGCCUUGUUGUUGUUAUCUGCGUUUUUGCCAGGAAUUAUUGUGAAGAGAAAUGAUAUGAGAGUAAAACAAAUGAUUUACGGAAAAAUACGUGGUUUUUAGGGGCCCUGAUUGAUACAGAAAACAUGUAAUGUACUCCGUAUGUUUGGAUUUGUAUAUAUAUAUCUAUAUUGCUGACCAGAUGUAUGUAUGGGAUUUAAGGCCAGCUAUUACAAUACAGUAUACGCUCUAGUAGUAGAUGAA